AUGGAAAAGCAAGUUAUACAGGUCAACGGUUGUUACUAUAAUACUUCAAAUAAGAAAUGGUUCAAGAUUCUAUUAACGAUUAACAUCGAUUCUUUACUCUGGCAGCCACAACAACAAACUGACAGGCUGGAUGAAAGUGGCAUCGAUUUCAAUCAGAUAUCUUCUAUCCAUCAUAGUUUCUCGUAUUUUAUAUUCCCAGUCAUAUGUGUUCAAUGUAAUCAUGGUAGAAAAUUAUGGUUUGGAUCUUUCGAUAACUUUCAUCAGGUGUUGAAUGUUAUUCUGCAUUUUUUUGAAGAAAAAAUCCAAUCGACAUUAACUGACGAUAAUGACGUUGGUCAUGACAGUCGAGCAAUCUUAUCUACUGUACAAGAAAUACGUGAUAAUAUGAAUAUUUCUGCACAACUACUAGAAAAACAAGGAGAACAAAUUGAUCAAAUGAGUGUCAAAUCGGACCAAGUUCAUAGUAAAAUUACCAUUUCUGAAAGGAUCUUGGAAUAUUUUACCUGGCUUCCUAUACGAUCGAGGCAGGACAGGAUUGUAACUGAAGACAACACCAAACGGUUAUCUAACUGCGUCCAAAUUGCUGUUCUUUACAAGAGUGACAAUAAUCAGAUGUAUUGUAAAGGUGUUUCAAGUAUUCUACAAGACAGAAUCAUUAUAGAUCUAGAUAAAACUGCGAGCAAAACGGUUGAAAUACUCUUUUCACAACUAGAUAACAUACAACGUAUUAAUUUAUGGAGAUUAAUCUUUUCAUUGCACGUAUCGAAUGAUGAAUUAGUUGAAGCUGAGUUGAUGUCUGCGCAUAUGCCAAAUAUCGUAGCCAAUAUUCGUAAAAAAUCACCAUCGAUUCCGAUUCGUGAAAACCUUGUCAACUCGAGUUUUCUACAAGGUAUUCACAACCAACAAGUCUUGUCGAGCUCGGACCAGAGAGGAGAAGCUCGUGUACUUGGUAACUUACUAGGUGAAAUUAAAGAUAUAGCUACUUGUUUAGGCACAGAAUCUGAUAUUCAAAACAGUAAAUUGGACCGACUGACUACAUCUGUUGAAAACGCUACUUCUAGGAUAAAACGAAACAAUAAGAUAAUUAAUCAUCAAUUGGAAUAG